AUGAGGGUCAGAACCGGGUUCAACAAUCAACACCCAUAUGGUUCAAAUGGUCGAAACGCCCUCGACGAGCUCCAAGCUUGGGGAUCGAGAUGGAAGGUCCAGUUUGAGCUGACAAAGCGCCAGGGAAUGUCGAUGAGCAGACGAUCAACACCCCUCCCACCCUCUUCUCUCAGCUUCGAUGGUACCGUGAUCAGAGAGGAAACCGAUGUUAAGCUUCUCGGUGUGACCUUCGACCGCAAACUUCUGUUCCGCAGCCAUCUCCACCAGGUUGCAGUCAGAGCCAGCCAGCGCCUUGGCUUCUUCAGGAAGGUGUGCCCAGUACUCGACCGCAACGGCCGCCUCAGCGUAUACAAAGGCUUCAUCCGCCCAACCAUGGAAUAUGCUCCUCUAGUCUGGCAAGGCGCAGCCCGGUCCAACCUCGCGAAGCUUGACCGCAUCCAGCAACGGUGCAUGCGCAGUAUUGGCGCUGUGACCAUGCUCCCAAGCUUAUCAGUGCGUUGGCAAGUCUCGGGACUGUGCUACGUGAUCAAGCUGCACUACAUUUCCGGUCCAGCCCAGCUGACGGACAUGCUGCCACCUGCUGCCCCUGAGCCCGCCCGCCCCCGAACCCACCACCAACAUCAUGUGAAACACUCCCAUGCCUUCCAGUUGUCAAACCCCCUCCCAGCAACAAGUCCUGACAUCCUACACCGAUCCUUCCCGUUCAGCCUACUAACAACAUGGAAUGCUCUACCCUCUGCCAUCCUGAACGCUUCCCCAUCCAAGGCAGCGCUGCAACGCUUCAAAGUAGCAGUGUACAAGUACCUGCUCGAGCAAUCUUGUGGGACUGCUGUCGACGUGUACACCACAGACUAG